UAUUUCUAUUUUCCCCCUCUGUGUAGCUUAACAAACGAGGAUCCUAAGCACCCGCGAGUUCUUCCUCGUUGGCGACGUCAUCAUUGUAACAUCAGCGGUGACACACCAACGAGUUCUUCCCUCUACUCCAUAUUCUUACUCUCCCACUCGUGUGAAGCGGCAUGGUAGCGGAUAAAAGCAGUAACGGUGGCGGGCUCCACCUCCGCCACUUCAUUCUUUCGUAGUAGUAUUGGCUUUUCGCAUUAGUAUUGAUUUUCAUUGGUAUUGGUUCAUAUGAACGGAGACAGAGAAGAAUUGAGAAGUUGGCAGAGAGGUGGC